UGGUCCUCGGGGUGUUAAUUGCCCGUUAGGGGUGUGGGGUUGGGAAGGGCCAUCUCCAGGUCUCAGGGCUUAUCGUGGUGUCGGUCUCUAGGACGGGGAUAAAGAACAGUGGAUGUGGAUAACUUGGUGCAGUUGUGCUGGCUUCGGAGAUACCAGGCAAAUAACGACACAUCGAAAACAACAUGGAUUCCGUUUUCCUGAUACUACUGUCCGUGGCCUGCUCUGCCUGUGUUGCUGUCGGAUCAGCGUGUGAAGGAGCGGACUGCGUAAAACCCAAACUAUCGGAGAAGAAAAGUCAGCAAGCCGGUUACCUGAAUCAGUUCAACGACAUGAAUUCGCCGUCCAGUAGCAGAAAGCACCAUGAAAACGCACCAGUCUUGCCUUUCAUCGGACUCACAGGAAGUGCCCAGCAGAGUCGUGACUGCUGUAAAAAUGGUGGGACCUGCAUCCUUGGAAGCUUUUGCGCGUGUCCCCGGCACUUCACUGGCCGAAGCUGUGAAUAUGAUGAACGCAUAAGAUACUGUGGAGUUAUCCCUCAUGGCGAGUGGGUUCAGAAAGGAUGUUCCUAUUGUCGCUGUGGCUAUGGAGUGCUUCACUGCUUCCCUCAAGUGUUCCAAAACUGUGAUGACUCCGAGGACGUCUUGUGGUUUAAUUCACAUGCCCCCAGAUUGUUUCCUGUCACCAUCCUGUGGAGUCUGGCCCUUCUGGUUUUAUAUCUCGUCCUGUGACACAAGCCACAGAAAGCAGCCACUCGCUCUACAGACAGUUCCCGCAUGCUGUCUGCCUAACACUUUGUGUGUGUGUGUGUGUGUCUAUCUCACCCAGUGAAAGAAUGUGACGUCUCCAGAAAUGUGAAAAUCUCAGGAGAGCUGUUAGGAUGAAAACAGAACUGAGAUGUACUGUAAUUUGCUUCCAGUGGAAGCUUGUGCUGUGAAAAUGGAAGGUGCAAUUUUUUUAUCGACGACUGACAGGGGCCUGUACAUAAGAGUUUUAUUGGAUGUUUUAAUGUGAAGUGGGUUGUCAUUGGGUUUCGGUAUUGACUCAAUACUGGUAUCAUACACUCGAUUGCUCUUAGUGUCCGCAACCCAUAGAGUGUAUACGUGUAUCCGGAAAUGUUAAGCCUCAGUGUAUAUGUGUCUGAAUGUUUCUCAACCCAUUUUUUAUGUGCCGUUGUAACCUUUUGCUCGAGCGUCAGUUUUAUCCAUUAUCAUGACUUUAUUUGUCCCUGGCGUAAUGUUUGUGUACCAUAGCUAUCAGACAGCUGAUAAAGCUAGGGUGACCCAUCAUUGCCGAGGUCUGUGCCAUUCGUGGCCUUAUCUAAAAUAAACAGAUACCGCCACCAAUUAAUCACAAUGGCUAAUGUUGUUGCACAUGUAAAGAAUGGGUUUCCCACUUGGCUCUGUUUACUUAAAUGAAUUUGGAUUUUUUUUUGUGCUGGAAAGUAAAAGUGUAAUUGACAUGCAA